GCCGAUAAAUAAACAAAUUAGCUGGUGUCGCUUUUCAUUCCAACCAAACUCAUCAACUCUCUCUCUCUCUCUCCCUCUCUCCCAAACUCAUGUCCCUGGGCACAUCAGAUUCACCAAAAAUUAGGGCUUUCGAAUUCCUUGCUCACUGGUGAGUGAUCAUGCAGUAGUGGACGAAAUCCAGUGAAACUUUGCCCACAAGCCCUACGGGUCGGGACCCGCAUAGCGGCGGGUCGGAAUUGGUGGCCAUGGAAGAUGCAAUAGAGGGAGGGAGAGAGAUCAAAGUAUAUCAUUACAUCCCCCGAUUGAUCGCCAGCGCGCUUUCUGGAGCUCUUACCGGAUUCUUUGCUCUUGCCGGGGCUUUUACUGGAGCUAUAACUGGCGCUUUAGCAGGUAGAGCUUCUGACAGUGGGGUCAUCCGCGGAGCUGGAAUUGGCGCCAUUGCUGGGACGAUCCUAUCUGUAGAAGUUUUGGAGGCUUUCCGUGCUUAUUGGUGCUCUGAAUUCUCAGGGUCACAGAGUUCAUCAUCCAUGGCAGAUUUCAUAGAGGAGCUUCUCCGUGGUAGAUUUGUGGAGGAACAGUUUCCACCAGCAAUAUUAUCGGCCUACAGUUGGCAGCUUUAUGGUUUCAUUUCAACACCCCAAACAAAACUCAUCCUUCCUCCGACCCAAAGUGGUGCCAUCGUUAUGCGCAUGGGCAGACUGAGUUCCAAAAUACCCCUAGAGCAGGUGAACAUUGCGAACAUAAGCUAUGAUGAUGUUUAUGAUGCAUAUGGUGAAGUCCUAUCCAGAGGGUUGUCGGGGGAGCACUUGAGUAAACUACCGUGUCAUGUCAUGUUGGAUGAAGUCCAUGCCGUACAAAGCAUUUGCUGCUCAAUAUGUUUACAGGAUAUUGAAGUUGGGGAGAUUGCUAGGAGCUUGCCCAGAUGUCACCACACAUUCCACUUGACUUGUGUGGAUAAGUGGCUCAUUAGACAUGGCUCGUGCCCUGUAUGCCGGCAGGAUGUAUAGUUACGUGUAGACUAUGGCUGUGUAUGGCUGUACAGAAAAAGACCAUCUAUAUACAUCCGAUAAGCCCUCGCGAACGCUAGUAGUAUGUAUAUUGUUGCAGUGUCUGGUGUUUCCAAAAUGGCUUAUUACUCCAGAUAAUCAAUGCCUUGAAGGCAAAUUAGCAAUAAGAGCAGAUGUAUCCAUCCCACUUUGUAUGAUGUACAAGUACAAAAUAAUUUGGCUGAAAUAUCCCUCUCUUAUCUUGUGUA